UGAUAGAUCUUUCAUUAAAAGGUUUAAAAUAUUGGAUCUUUCCUUAAGACGCUUCCAAAAACCAAUUCACAUUUCAAUUCUGCAAGAAAUCUUUCCAUUUUCUUUAUAUAUAUAGAUGAUUUUGGGACAUGACUGUUUAUUCUAAACUGUUGGGCAGGAAAAAAAAAAAUUAACCUUGUUCAUCACAGUUAUCAGUAUUAUUUUUUGUAUCAAUCAAAAAAAUGAGCCAGAAUCCAUGAAAGGGCUACUUUCUUUAUUCGUUUGCUCCCAUUUUCUCGUAAUCUUACUAAUUUCUGUGGCAUCAGACACUAUCACUACAGAUAAAUCUAUCAGAGAUGGUGACACAAUUAUUUCAGCUGGUGGGAUUUAUGAACUUGGAUUUUUCAGCCCUGGAAAUUCCAAGAAUCGCUACGUUGGCAUAUGGUACAAGAAGAUAUCAAAGGGAACUGUCGUUUGGGUUGCCAACAGAAACAUUCCGCUGAAUGACACUUCAGGAGUGUUAACACUAAAACCCAACGGGAUUCUUGUGCUUGUUGAUAAUUCCAAUGUCUCAAUUUGGUCAUCAAACUCAUCAAGAUCCUUAAAGAAUCCAAGAGCGCGGCUCCUGGAUUCUGGGAACCUUGUUGUCAGUGAUGGAAAUGACAGAGACCCGGAAACUAAUUUGGCGUGGCAGAGUUUUGAUUAUCCAGGAAAUACUUUAUUACCUGGCAUGAAGCUUGGACGUAAUUUAAUCACAGGCAUGGAUUGGCACACAUCUUCAUGGAAGAGCACCGAUGAUCCUGCUCCCGGUGAAUAUAAAAACCGUCUUGAUUCUCAUGGAUACCCGCAACUUUUCGUGUUGAAAAAUUCAUCUAUAGUAUUUAGCUCAGGGCCAUGGAAUGGUAUUGCAUUUAGCGUUAGUCCUAACAAUAAACCCAAUACACAUUACACUUUUGAGUUUUUUAUUAAGCAGCAGGAAAUUUACUAUGAAUACAAGCUUAAGAAUGAGUCACUGCCCGCCAGGAUGGUGAUCAACCCGAUUGGGAAGAUAGAACACCUAACAUGGAUCGAGCGCAGUCAGAGCUGGUUUCUCUACUUGACAUUACCAGUUGAUGAUUGUGAUCGUUUUGCUUUAUGUGGUCCUUAUUCAAGUUGCAACAUCAAUAACUCCCCUCCAUGUGAUUGUCUGAAAGGUUUCAAGCCUAGGGAUCCUCAACAGUCUGAAUCAGACUGGUCUAGUGGCUGUGUCAGGAGAACUUCUUUGGAUUGCAACCAAGAUGGUUUUCUUAAUUUUACGGGCAUCAAGAUGCCGGAUUCCAGAACCUCCUGGUUUAAUGAUAGCAUUAACCUUGAAGAAUGUGAGAAAUUAUGCCUGGCUGAUUGCAACUGUACAGCCUACUCAAAUCUGGAUGUUACAAAUGGUGGUAGUGGAUGCUUACAAUGGUUUGGAGAACUCAUUGAUAUUAGGGAGUUGGGCCAAAAUGAGCAAAACCUGUUUGUGAGAGUUGCUGCUUCAGAAUUAGAUUCUGACAGGAAGCGGAGGAGAAAGAAGUCAGGCCUGAUUGCUGUGAUUUCAGUAGUGGUAGCGACAUUUAUCCUCAGCUUUUUAGCUUGGGUUUCCUUCCAAAGAAGGAAAAGAACAGGUCCAGAAGUUGAUAAUGAGGACAUGGAGCUUCCAUUGUUGCUUCCAUUGUUUGAUUUAGUUAGUGUUAGUAGUGCGACUGACAACUUCUCUUCUGGUAAUGUGAUUGGGGAGGGCGGUUUUGGACCGGUUUACAAGGGUGUCCUACCAAAUGGACAAGAGAUAGCAGUAAAGAGGCUAUCAAAGUAUUCUGGACAAGGCAUUCAAGAGUUAAAAAAUGAAAUCAUUCUCAUUUCCAAGCUGCAACAUCGGAACCUGGUCAAGCUAUUGGGUUGCUGCCUAGAAGGAGAAGAAAGGAUGCUAAUCUAUGAGUUUAUGCCCAACUCUAGCUUGGACUAUUUCAUUUUUGAUCCAAGCAGAAAAGCAUCACUGGUAUGGAAGAACCGCUUUGAUAUUGCUAUGGGAAUAUCUCGAGGUCUUCUUUACCUUCACCAGGACUCAAGAUUAAGAAUUAUUCACAGAGAUAUCAAAACCAGCAAUAUUUUAUUAGAUAGUGACAUGAAUGCCAAAAUUUCUGAUUUCGGCCUUGCCAAAAUAUUUGGUGGAGACCAAGUGGAAGGGAAAACUAAACGAGUAAUAGGGACAUAUGGAUAUAUGUCCCCCGAGUAUGCUGUUGAUGGGAAAUAUUCAGUAAAAUCAGAUGUAUUCAGUAUCGGCGUAAUCAUUCUAGAAAUAGUUAGCGGCAGAAAGAACAGGAAAUUUCAUCAUUUGGAACAUCAUCACAAUCUUUUGGGACAUGCAUGGCUACUUUGGACUGAAGGCAAAGCAUUGGAACUGAUGGACAAAUGUUUGAAAGAAUCAUUUUCAGAAUCUCAAGUGUUAAGAUGCAUCCAGGUCGGUUUGUUGUGCGUCCAAAAACUCCCAGAGGAUAGGCCCACAAUGGCAUCAGUCGUUUUCUGGUUAGGCAAUGAAGGUCUGGUGCUUCCUCAACCAAAGCAACCAGGUUUUUUCAUAGAGAGGAAUUCAAUGGAAUCAACAGAGCCAACUGAUGAAGGAUAUCUAAGUAACAACGUGUCGAUAACAAUUCUAGAGCCAAGAUAGACAUAAAAUCACUAUUGGAAGUUUUGGAAUGUAUUUACUUUGUGCACUAUAGUAGACCUUACCUGUCUCCAUAUUAAGAUAUUUUUCAACAUGA